AUGAGUUACUUAAAACUCUCUAAAUCUAGUGAAAGGGAAGAUCUUUCACGUUUCUUACAGAAGUAUAAUACUAUCCAGUUUGGAUUUUACGAGAAACCUCUGGGAUUUGAACAAAAGCCACAAUCAGUCACCAUCUCUGAUCUCAAUAGGAUAAUCAAUAGACUUGAAUUGCAAAAUAUUAAUAUGUCUCAAAUUCAAAACGCUUCAAAAUCAUUCAUCUCUCAAAAUUUCAGCUUAACUACUUCUCAAGAAAUUGAAAAUCAAAAUGUAUCUGGAGAGCAACCAUCAACAAACUCUUCAGAGUUGAUUAAAAUUACUCAAAGUAUGAUCAUUCACUAUCCUCCUUUUCCAGAAAAUACUCAUCAGCCAAAAAUUUCAAUUAGAGAUAAAUUAAUUAGAAGACAUCAAAUUUACGGUGACAAUUUUGAUGGAUUAGUUCAUUUCAUGGAAGAGAGAUUGAUCAGAUAUAGACCGCCAAAUUCCCAACAUAAUGUUGAUAAUGUACUUUCUGGAAAUCAUGUAUUCCAAAAAGAGUCUUCGAUAAAGGCUAUCAAAAAAAAGAGCGUCUCACAAGGAAGUUCAGAAUCAAGCUCUGUCUCGAAAUUGUGUUCACUAUUUGGAAAAAAGGGAAACGUCAACUGUGAAAAUAUAAGCAAGAAUACUAUUAAUAAAAUUGUGAAUGGACAGUAUAGUGAUAAUACCACAUAUCCUGAAGAAAUACAUAUUUCAGAAGAUUUCGAAGGGCUUUCAGCAGAGCAGGUGAGCAGAGAAUAUGCUGCAGAAGAAGAUACUGAAAGAACAGUUCAUCCACAUCAGCGCGUAUUACCAGGUAAGUAA